CAUGUCAAUAAGCUGUCAGUUUUGAAAUUCUAACCUAAAAACACUGCAAGUGUCUCAAUCUAAAAUUCACCUUGUAUUAUUCCAGAAAUGUUUAAAGUUAGAAACAUCCACACCGUCCUUCGCACCAUUACAAGUCAUAGAAACAAAAACAAUUUCCGUAACUUCCUCACCCACUCGCCACGACAAGCCUGUAACUUUGUCAUCAACUACAAAUUUCACCAAAACGGGCAUGAAGGCGAUACGAAGAAUCGCAGGACUCACAAAAUCCAGUCUUUUGCUUUAAUGGGACUGCUCGGAGUGACACUCGCUUAUUGCGACAAUCGUUUGGCAUCAAAAGAGAAAAAGUUGUUACGUGCUGCCCAGUUUGGUGUUGUGGAUGAGCUAAAUUUUCUUAUCAAAGAUAACGUAAAUGUGAACGUUCGGCACCAGUUAGGAUGGACACCUCUGAUGGUAGCUGCUGUUAAUAAUCAAUAUGAAGCUGUGAGAUUGUUAUUGGAAGCAGGAGCGGAUCCCAAUUUGGGGGAGGAAUUUGUGAGUGCAAAACGUACAGCUAGAGAUAAAGGGCUUCAUCCGAUUGAGGCUCUUAUGAUGAGGGAGGAAGAAUUUUCAGGUAGCUUGAGUAAUAAGGCGUCGUUUAGAGGUUUCACGGCUUUACAUUAUGCAAUAUUAAUAAAUAGUUUUAAAAUAGUGAAAUUGUUGGUCGAGAAAGGGGCAAAUCCUGUGAUUGAAAAUGAAGCUGGACAUAUUCCAUUAAUGUAUGCUAAAGAAGGAGACUUGAAAACUUAUCUACAAGAGGAAACAACUAAGCACACAGCACCCUUAAUAUAUCGAGAAAAACUGACUCAACGUUUACACCAACUGAAGAAAAUAAAAGAAGUCGAAGAGCGGCGAAGAUUUCCCCUAGAAGAAAGACUGAAAAAGCACAUCGUCGGACAGGAAGGAGCAAUCACAAUCGUAGCGGCAACAAUUCGACGAAAAGAAAACGGUUGGGGCGACGAUGACCAUCCUUUAGUGUUUUUAUUUUUGGGAUCUUCUGGAAUCGGCAAAACCGAAUUGGCCAAACAACUAGCUUCCUACAUGCACAAAGACAAAGCUCAGGCAUUCAUUAGACUGGACAUGUCUGAGUAUCAGGAAAAACACGAAGUGGCUAAACUUAUUGGGGCUCCGCCGGGUUACAUAGGCCACGAUGAGGGCGGUCAGCUCACUUCGCGCCUCAGACAAUGUCCUAAUGCCGUGGUUUUAUUCGACGAGGUCGAUAAAGCACACCCUGACGUGUUGACCGUUCUCUUGCAACUCUUUGAUGAAGGCCGUCUGACUGACGGUCACGGUAAAACUAUAGAGUGCAAAGAUGCAAUUUUUGUGAUGACUUCGAAUUUGGCGAGCGACGAAAUUGCCCAACAUGGUUUAAAUUUGAGACAAGAAAUCGAAAUUUUGAGAGCGAAGCGGUUGAAGACGAAGCAGAAAGAUGAAGAUAUUUCCGACAACAUUACAGUUUCUCGAAAAUUCAAAGACGAGGUGGUCAAACCUAUCCUUAAGAGACAUUUCAAAAGAGACGAGUUUCUAGGACGGAUUAACGAGAUCGUCUACUUCCUGCCGUUUUCUCGAAACGAGCUGUUGCAGCUUGUGGGGAAGGAGAUGGCGAUUUGGGCGCAAAGAGCUAAAGAAAAGCAUAAGAUUGACUUGAAUUGGGACAGAAGUGUGGAGUCUGCUUUAGCCGAUGGUUACGAUGUCCACUAUGGCGCAAGAUCUAUCAAGUACGAAGUUGAAAGGAGAGUUGUUAACCAAUUGGCGGCGGCCCACGAAAGUGGAUUUAUAGGUAAAGGUAGCACGGUGAUGAUUACGACGGUGUGGCCCGAAAAUACCGCAAGUCCUGAAAUUAAAUUGCGAGUGAGGAGCAGCGGCUCGAACAGUUUUGUUGAUGUUGAGCAGAAUAAGUUUUCUAUUAAAAACUUAAGUUCGUUGUUUGGUUAUUAGUCUUGAAUAAAACGUGACAAUUGUU